AUGGGAGAAAUUGGUGAUCAAAAGAAAAUAAUCAAAAUCCAAAAUCUACCAAAUGAACCGCCAUUUCAAUUAAAAAUCGAAAAAGAAGAAAUCAGAUUCAAAUAUGUGAUACCAAAUCCAGCAUUUGCUCAAAUUCAAAUAAUCAAUGAGUUGAAAAAACGAUUUUGUGUGAAGGUCAAAUCAACCGAUAACAAAUUAUUCGAUAUUCAACCAGCUAUUAUGUUUAUUGAACCUGGACAAUCGAUUUAUGUGAAAAUAACAUUGAAAGAUACAACUAAUCAAUUGCCCGAAAAUCAUCAUUAUAUUGGGAUAUUUCAUGUGGAAACUAGUGCAAAAUCUGUGACAGAGGUGAGUUUUGAAAAUUGAAAAAUUGUGGAAAAAUAAAAUGUUUUUAGGCUUUCAAACAAGGAAAAAUCGAUGGAGUUCUUCGACUUCCGAUGAUUUUUGAAAGAGAAGGCGGAGCUGAAGAUCCACCACAACCAGCAAAUGUCAUGAAUGCUGAUUGA